CCAAGCAGCCUAAUCCUCACAAAGACUAACGGGAUUGGCAGAAUACAUUUUUCUCCGUGAGGAAAACACUUUUUUAUUUAUCACUAUCUUUUUAGUUUCGUUUUUUGUCAUUUUCCAUUACAUUAUCAGCGAGGAAACCAGUAUUUUCAUCACGAAUUUCCUCUAUUGGUAUUCCCCCUACUGUUGACGUUUACGCUUCAACAAUGGAAUCUAUCCGCCCUCAGCGACUUCAACCAGGGAUACGAUUUGGAGCUGGGUCGACUGGGACCCUACGCUCCUCUCUCCGGCCCGGGGUUACAGUUCCAACCGCACCUCUGCUGCCUCCCCCGGCCUCCCUAUGUGCUUCCUCCGGGCCACCCCCGCCGCUUCAACUCCACAGUCUUCACGGCACUAUUGGGAGUGCGGGUCUCGGAACAGGGGUGGCUGGAUUCGGUCUAUGUAAUCCAGGGAACCCGGCGGUCUUGAAGGAGGCGGUGGAGGCUGUUGUUCGGAGCUUUGCUAAGCAUACGCAGGGCUAUGGCAGAGUGAACGUGGUGGAAGCCUUGCAAGAGUUCUGGCAGAUGAAGCAGUCAAGAGGGGCAGACCUCAGGAAUGGGGCGCUGGUGGUGUAUGAGAUGGUCCCAUCAAACAACCCACCCUAUGUUUGCUACGUCAGUCUCCCAGGGGGAAGCUGCUUUGGGAGUUUCCAGUUUUGUCCAACCAAGGCUGAGGCAAGACGUAGUGCUGCGAAGAUCGCGCUGAUGAACUCGGUUUUCAACGAGCAUCCUUCCCGCCGCAUCACAGAUGACUUCAUUGAGAAGAGUGUAUGUGAGGCGCUGGCCUCCUUUAAUGGAAACCGAGAAGAGGCAGACAACCCCAGCACAGGAAUCGGGGCGUUUCGCUUCAUGCUGGAGUCCAACAAAGGAAAGUCAAUGUUGGAGUUUCAGGAAUUGAUGACAGUCUUUCAGCUUCUGCACUGGAAUGGAAGCCUGAAGGCCAUGAGAGAGAGACAAUGCUCCCGUCAAGAAGUGCUGGCUCACUACUCCCAUAGGGCGCUGGAUGAUGACAUGCGCACCCAAAUGGCUGCUGAUUGGGUGAACCGAGAGCAAGGCGUGGCUGGCACCAUCGCCCAGGAGGUGGCGGCAACAGAUCGAGAACUUGAGGAGGCCAGGCUGGCCGGCCGGGAGCUUCGCUUUCAUAAGGAAAAGAAGGACAUCCUGAUGCUGGCUGUUGGCCAACUGGAUGCAGCCAACACUGCCACCCUGCCUUCAACCUGCUAGGUAUACGCUGGAUUCCAACCCCAUCAUUUGAUUCACUUCCAUCUGCCCACGUUGACUUCCCCCUCGCGGUUCUCAAAAAGUCUACAUAGGUGUGGGAAACAUAAUAGUAACGCUGCAUAGCUUCCACCAUAUGGCUUUUACCUAUUCAGUCCGAUCAGAUCUGCGAGUUGGGAGUCAAGGGCAGAUGGAAGGAAGUUGGUUGUCAGUUUGGAAUCUGGCCUUAGAGAUGGAAUGAGGAAAAGUGUCCAAUAACCAUUGAUUGUAUAGAGACUAGCAAGGCAGCCAUUUAGGAGCUUUCAAUUAUAAAACAGUGAGUGUUCUUAGAUCUUUCAGCAGUUUUUUCCAGCCCAGUACUAAUACGCCUGAUUCAGCUUCUGAAGGUCUUGACAAUAAGUUGAUUAGUUGAAUCAGAUAUGUUAGUGCUAGUUUAGA